AUGAUUCCCUCAUCGCCUAAUCUUUUGCCCUCUUUCGACCCUGCCCUUCAUCUCCACUCCGAAGAUUCCCAUCAAAUCAUACAACCUCCCUCCGAGUCGUUUUCAGAUGAGAUAGAGGCUAUUCAUCUCAAUCGCCAGGAACAGACCCGUAACAAAGUCGUGAUCCAGCACCGUGCUUGGAAUUUGUCUGAUGUAUUUCGAAGUGACGAAGAUAUAAACCCUGAUACCCCGACUAAAGCAUCCGUCGCAACUUGUCAAGCGAAUACUGUGACCCCAAGACGCAAUAUAGCCUUCUUUCCUUCCUCACCACCCUUCCCCAAAAUGCCUUUCAUUUCAUCACCCGGUCCAGCCGCAACUGGCGACUCACAGAAAAGAAAGGCCGCGGAAGUCGAAAGCCCACAAACUGAACCUAAACGACAAAGGAUUUUGGGAGGAUUUGUCGACGACGAUGAUGAUGAGGACGAUGAUCUUGCCGCUCUCCGAGAUGACCAAUUAAUGAGCCAAUUUGAGUUGCAAGACACUGCUUUGCCAGAAUCAUACACCAUCCCUGUGCUGUCGGACCAGCCACAAAGCUUUGCGACUCUACCGGAAACAACUGAACCUACGCCGACGAUACCGAGCCUCGAGGAUACACCUGUGCCAAUACGAUCUGCUGCUACGAAGACGUUCCAAAUCAAAACAUGCAAUGGGAAGACGUUUCGCAUUCCUUUGAAGAAGGCCAGCGCGUCUGUUUCAUACGAACAAAUCAUUGCGAGUCGAUCCGAAACAGAUCCCGGGAGAGCGAAGAAAAGUUAUUAUGGAAUCGAUAUUCAUAGACUAAUGGAUGAGGCUGCAAAGGAAACAAAGAUUUCCUCGAAGCUUCCUCGACCGGCCCCAGUCCAACGGUCAAUCGAAAUGAAUGACCAGGAAGCUAAACAGAACAAGAUCGAUUCCAUGAUGUGGACCGAAAAGUACCGGGCUCGCAAGUUUACCGACCUUAUUGGCGACGAACGCACUCAUCGUUCGGUACUGAAGUGGUUGAAAGCUUGGGAGCCGAUCGUAUUCCCUGGCCUGGCUCGUUCUCGAACCAAGAAGGUCGACAAGGAGGAUGAGGAUGAGCGCAUCCACCGAAAGGUUCUGUUGCUGAGUGGCCCCCCUGGAUUGGGAAAAACCACCUUGGCACAUGUCUGUGCUAGACAGGCCGGCUAUGAAGUCCUGGAGAUCAAUGCCAGUGACGAGCGGAGUAGAGAUGUGGUGAAGGGACGAAUUCGGGAUGCUCUCGGAACAGAGAAUGUCAAGGGCUCCAAUGUUGAGGUUGGCGAGCAGAAGGUGCGCCGUGCUGCUAAGCCUGUCUGUGUGGUGGUGGACGAGGUUGAUGGUGUUGUUGGUGGAGCUGGCAGCGGUGGAGAGGGCGGGUUCAUGAAAGCCCUCAUCGACUUGGUACUGCUUGACCAGCGAAACUCGAAUAAGUCUGGCGAGAAUCCUGACAAGAAACGCAAGGGAGAUAACUUCUGUUUCCUUCGACCUCUUAUUCUUGUCUGCAAUGAUCUAUACCAUCCCAGUCUGCGACCAUUGAGGGCGUCUUCCAUUGCUGAAAUGAUUCAUGUCCGCCAAGCACCGUUGGAGAAUGUCGUUCAGCGAAUCAAAACCAUUUUCACCCGCGAAGGAAUUCCGUGUGAUGGAGAUGCUGCUCGAAGACUCUGUGAGGCAUCUUGGGGACUGUCAGCCAGGAGACAACGCAACUCCAAAAAUUCAGGAUCCGCUGAAGGUGAUAUCCGCAGUGUACUUGUUUCAGCCGAGUGGGUGGCGCAUAAGCUGCGCAACGAACGUGCUAAUUCAUUGCGCCUCACUCGAGCCUGGCUUGAGCAACGAGUUCUGAGUGCAUCGACCGAAGGUGACUCUUUUCUCAAGGAGAUGAGCCGUGGUGGUGUCCGUGAGAUUAUCAAUCGUGUUUUCACCGAGGCUGCAGGCUUUACGGAUGCCCCAGUUGGCAGAGACUCUUUUCAGGAUCGAUUUGACAGCGCCAACAGUCGUGUUCCUGUCGGAGUGGCAGAUUUACGAAAACGACAUGGAAUUAAUCGCCUGCGAGAGAUGAUUGAUUCAAGUGGCGAGCAUGACCGCUGUGUCAACGACUGUUUUGCUGCAUACCCCUUUCAACAGUAUCAAGAUGAUACCUUUCUCUCUAAACCGAAUGCUGCAUACGACUGGCUCCACUUCCAUGAUUCAAUCUCCUCGAAGGUCCACUCUUCUCAGGAAUGGGAGCUGCACCCAUACAUGAGCCAGUCUGUUCUCGCGUUUCAUCAUCUCUUUGCAACUGCUAGCGGCAAGACAGAAGCCGCUGAUAAGGACGAGAAUGACGAAGAAGCUGAAGAGGAACAUCCUUUCUCAGGUCCUAGGGCAGAUUUCGCUGCCUUCGAAGCGCAGAAGCAGAAUAAGGCUGCCCUCACUACAUUCCACUCUUCAUUCUCGGCGCCAAUGAUUCGAAUGUUCCGCUCUACGGAUAAUGUGGUCAUCGAACUGGUCCCGCAUCUGGUCCGCAUGUUAUCACCUGACGUCAAGCCGGUUAUUAUCCGUGGCAAUGGCGAAUCACGAAGCACAGCUAGCGUCCGCAAGGAAUCUGAACGAGCUCUGGUCCAGUCAGCUGUACGAGUCAUGGUUGGUAUGGGCGUCACCUUUGAGAAAGUCCGGGUGGAACAUGAAGGAGGAAGCCAUGGUGGAUGGGCCUACAGAAUGGAGCCACCGAUUGAUUCCCUUGUGACAUUUUCAAAAAUGAAUGGAAGCCCCGUGAGUUCCAGUGGUAAUGCACCAGUCCGCUUUGCAGUACGCCAGGUUCUGGAUCAGGAGUACCGCAAAGAGACCAUGCGAAAGCAUUCCGAUACAUUGAGCGGAUCGUCGAUGGGUAAAUUGGGUCCCAGAAAAUCCACCGAUGAUAGUGAUCCAGCCCAGAAGAUUAAGGCUGGCCUGGUCAAGCGGGACUUCUUUGGACGAGUGAUUCAAGAGCCCGUUCCCGACCCUCAAGACUCGAACAACAACCAAAUGGAUGAAACCUCCAAGGCUGGCAGGAAGGUCUGGGUUACCUACCAUGAGGGUUUCUCGAAUGCUGUGCGAAAGCCAAUUUCGAUGGCAGAGUUAUUGACUGGUCUAUGA